GAUGCUGGUAGCGCUGUCAUCAUACCAAGCUGAGCAGGGUACGGCGACGGUGGUGUAUUUGCUUCGUGUGUAGUAGCGUAGUUUAUCACAACAUUUGCAACAGAUCUGCUGACGGUUAUCAGGUCCCAACAUCAUGUGUGACGAAAAAGAAAUCCAAGCAGCGUUCGACAUUGCCGUGGAGCUAGUGAAAAAAUGUAACGACAUAGUAUCGGAAGGAUUCCGUACCGCGUCUAAGCGGGUUGAGGUGAAAGGUAAACACUGGGACCUGGUGACGGAGUACGAUCAACGGGUGGAGGAUGUGCUGAUUGCUGGACUGCGGCAACACUUUCCACACCACAAGUUCUGUGCGGAAGAAGCGUCCUUUGCUAGCGGAGACGUGUUGACGCUCGGUCCGGAACCAACAUGGAUUAUUGACCCAAUUGAUGGGACAGUUAAUUUCGUACGAGGCGUUCCUUUUACGUGCAUUUCGGUGGCAUUGGCGGUGAAUGGUGAGAUUCAGAUCGCUAUCAUAGCGAACCCGACGGCCAACGAGCUGUACACCGCCAUUAGAGGGCAAGGGUCAUUUUUGAACGGCUCCCUCAUCACGACGCGCGGCACUGAAGUGCUCAAAGAAGCCCUUGUCGGGCAUGAGUUUUCGAUCGGAAGCUACAAACCCAUCCGGGCAGCAUUAUUCGAGCGCGGUCAACGAUUCAUCACCGAAUGUGUAGGACUACGAGCAUUCGGCUCGGCCGCCCUCACGUUGGCAUACAUUGCCAGCGGUCUGAUCGAUGUUUACAGCAUCCAGUUCCUUAAGCCCUGGGACAUUGCUGCAGGCUCUCUGCUUAUUCAGGAAGCUGGAGGCACGGUCAUGAGCAUCACUGGCGGAAAGUACGAUAUCAUGAAGCCGGAUAUUAUAGCCGCGAGCAGCGAACCACUGGCACAGCGAGUGUUGCAGAUAAUACGCGAAGUGGAUGAAGAUUUACGCCAGGACAAACCAACGUAACACCAAGCAUAUUCAAUGCGUUAUAAUAUCAAUAAAUUCACUCACGCUAAUCAAAUAAA